AUGUGGAAACUGAUCAACGAAUUUGAACAGUUGCUGGACUUCAAUGCUUCGCAAACAGCUGCUCCUGAAAUCCUUCCACUUGACCACUUCAAGUUGCCAGCGGAAGGGACUCCUCUAACACUCGUCUGCCAUGAUAUGGCAAAUGGUUAUCUCGCUUUUGAAAGAGACGACGGAUGCCAGUUAGUGGACGAUCAAUUGCAGCCCUUAGUGCUCUUGAACUGGUGGCAGUUUGACAUCUUUGUCUACUUCAGCCAUCACUUUGUCACCUUUCCCCCUGCCGGUUGGCUGAAUUUGGCACACAAACAUGGCGUUCGAGUUCUGGGAACCUUAAUAACGGAGUGGACGGAUGGAGCGAAGAUUUGUGAAAAGAUCUUAGAGGACGAGACUUCCGUAAAAAAGACGAUCGAUGCUCUGAUCUCGGUCAUGGUAUUCUAUGGUUUUGACGGAUAUCUCAUUAACAUUGAGAAUGAGCUUCCGCGCGAGAAAAUCGGACUAAUGUGUAAAUUCCUGAAUGAUCUCACCGCAACCGUCAAAGCUACCAAAGCUUACGCACAGGUUAUCUGGUACGAUUCCGUGACUAAAAGUGGAAAGCUUAGGUGGCAAGAUGCGCUAAACGAUGAAAAUAGCUGUUUUUAUGAUAAUUGCGACGGCAUCUAUUUAAACUACAACUGGUCGGGUUCGGAGAAACUGUGGUCCCGUCUCCAGACGAUGAACCGUGCCCGCGAGCGUCCUGGCUCGGUGUAUGCUGGUGUCGACUUUUUCAAGCGUGGAGACAAACCCAACGACAUCAUUUAUCGUGGCAAGGAUGCUUGGCGGCUUGCUGAGAUCGCAACACGGUUCGGCUUUUCGUUGGCCUUCUUCGCGCCAGGAUGGUUGGUGGAAGCGAAUAAAUGUGGCGCAAUCGAUCCUAGAGCUGAGUCGAUCCGAUUUUGGCAGUCCCUGGGAAAGUGCACUACACCGCAUCGCGCUAUCCUGGGGCCGUUCAGAACUGACUUCGCAACCGGGUUUCAUGAGGCCGGUGCUGGAGCCAGGGCAUUUUGUCUGAGCCAAAUUGCGGUACAGCCGAACUGGGCAGUGCUGAACCCGAACCUUCUUCCAAGAUUUGGUGAUGUAGGGCUCGUGCUUCGACGCGGCAUCACUUACGAGCUCUUCCGACUUGACUUCGUAUCCCGCGGAAAUCAAGUGGAGCUCGAUGCUGAUGGUGACAUCACAGUCUACUCUCGUUUGCUGAUUCAAGGCGACCCACUCGAUGCGAUCAGUUCAAAUCGGGAAUUCUCAUGCGUCGUGUGCUGCGGCGUCCGAGCUGGUGUGAAAGUCCUUGCACCAUUGCUGGAACCGGACCAGCCGCCCACCGUAUGGAGUUUCAAAGGCAAAAACGUGUCGCCGAAUCACGUCUCUUGGAGCAAGCUACAUGAUCAAUUAUUCGCUACAGCAUCCACUUCCGGUGCAGUCGUCGUGUGGGAUGUGGUUAGCAAGCAAGAAAGUUAUUCAUAUGAUGCACAUAAGCGAUCGGCGACUGUCGUCCGGUUUCAUCCCACAGAUCCGAAUCUCAUAAUUUCUGGGUCGAAGGAUUCUAGUAUUAUGAUUUAUGAUACGCGGGAAGAAGGAACACGCCACAAGUUUCUAUCCUCGGAUGGAGUACGCGAUGUGGCUUUUCACGAAGCUCUCAACUACGCAUCUUACUUUGUAUCGGCUGAUGACACAGGCAAUGUCAGAUUCUGGGAUAUGAGAAACCCAAAAGAAGUCUACCUCCAUUUUCUUGCUCACCGGGAUUACACGUCGAGUAUUGCAUUCAACACCGAAAACCCAAGUCUCAUAGCGACAGCGGGCGGCCGGGAUAUGAUGAUCAAUAUUUGGGAUUGGCGCUUGAUGACCAAUCGGAAAUCUGACGAACGGGAAUCUCGCCGUGAGGUCUUCAAGAUUGAGACGAUGGCUGGGUUAGGAAGAGUUUAUUGGAGGCCAGGAUGCGACUACCAGAUAUCUUCUUGUUCAUUGGUGAAUGACACCGGAGUGCAUUGCUGGGAUGUUCGUCGCCCUUAUCUACCGCUUUAUUCUUUCGAAGGCCAUAUGGAAAGUUGUACAGAUAUGACUUGGCGGAGUUACGACGAUCAAAAUAUGCUCGUUACUUGUGGCAAAGAUGGCAGAGUUUUUGUGCACACGAUUGACGAUGCGAUAAAGCCACAUCAGUUUGCCAAUGAUUGUGCGGUUGACCUCGCGCCGGAUGGGUUAUUCGCGGUUGCCGUCAGCACAAAUCUGAUUGGAAUGCGUACCACACAAGUCAACAAUUGGUAUAAGAAGGAUGCUGCAAGGAAGAAAAAGCUGAGUGCGAGGACUGUCGAGGAAACCGAAGAAGGAUCUCCGUCUGAUGCUGUUUUCGACAUUACUGACAAACGAUUUCAAAUGGGUCAUCACAUCUUCAAACGCACAGAUUCGCAAAUUAACGCGGUAGAGAACAAACACGAAAGCUUCUGUCCCGUAUCCAAGACUUUUCCUUCGCAAAUGGCAGUUGGCGUCCCAGAACCAUAUCCGCAGAAUAAAGUCCGAAAAUUUUAUCGCUGUGCCAAUGCGUAUCGUGUGGGCGGGGCACCAAUUUCUGAACUUUGCGACAUGAAUGCACAAAUCGCUGAGGAAGUCGGAUACUCGGAUGCUGCGCAAACAUGGAGACUGGUCGAGGCUAUGGCCGAGCAAGCGCAAGUUGGCAAAAGAAACGCAGCUAAAGAGGAUAUUGCAAAGAAGGAAGUCAUCCAUGUGACGAGAAAUACAAUACUGACCGCCCUGAAGGGAGGGACGUAUCGUUGCGUACAACCGAUCCCGCAGUCACACAUCAAGUCCAGAUUGUCCGGCUGGAUUAUGGAAAAAGACAAGCAGGUAGCAGAACUAUGGCGUCAAGACUGCCCCUCACGGAAUCGCGUGCUUGCUCCACCUCAAAUGUUUUCUGUGAUACCGUACUCAAGGAGCGCAGAUUUCUACUUUGGACAAGAAGAGCUCGUCCACGACCUGCACUAUAAUAGGAACUACGAUCAUUUGUGCGUUGCCCGAUUCCCGGACGUAGUGCCUUUCCGCUCGGAUUGGCGUUCGUUGAAGGAUGAAGCUUUUAUUAGAAGACAGCGAGUUGAAUUCUUCGAAAAGCAUCAAACUGCAGAUCCGCUAAAGAAGAUUGCUGAGGUUUUGCAGUACCAUGCGGAUUUGGGCGACUAUCAAACUUGCGCAUGCGUAUGCCUGGUUGUUGGUGCAAUUUUGGGUGAAGUGGUAGCAGAACGAGCGGCUGGGACAUGGCUGUCGAAUUAUCAUGAAAUGCUGGAUAGUCUCGAGCUUUUCGUCCCAUCCGCUGCGAUCCGGAAAUUCGCAUGGGUGAAGCGUAUCAACAAUAUGUCACUGACGGGUACCCACCUCACCAUAUCGUGCCUUCAAUGCCGGAAGCGUAUCGUCGAGGCGACCUGUCAACGGUGUGAUAAGUGGCUGACGGAAUGUGUCGUUUGCGAUCUGAUGAUUUUCGGGAUGCAUUGGAUGUGCGGGAAAUGCCGGCACCCUAUGCAUUUGGAUGAAGCCGUCGAAUGGUUUGACGUCUCGUCGAUGUGCCCAGUCAGCGGUUGCAUGUGUCAAUGCAAAAUCUCUGACGUUCCGGAUACUCAUCAAGGCCCUAGAGGCCCGUUGUUCUUCACGAAUUUGAGGAAAGCAGUGAGGCGAAGGAAGCUGCAUGUUGUUAGCUACAAAUAUAAGCGGCAAGUGACCUCGGCGCUGAGCGAGGCUGCUUGGUCAUUGGCUACGCACGAUUCAGCAAGGUCCGACGUCUCGAUAUCAAUUGGUAUCGAGCAUAUCAAAGAAUUGGAGAAGAAACUCGAACGCGAAGAAGAAGAAAAUCAUCCCCAGACUGACCGAAAACACCUUUCAUUGCUUGGACGUCAAUUCGCAAAGCUUUCAUUAGAUAGUGAGAGCGAUCAAAAGGACGAAGAAGCCGAAACGAGCAUCACAAGUGGACGACAGCAAGAUCCAAUGACCAAAAAUCAAAAAGAACAAUUAGAGGAAUUCACGACCUAUUUGGAAAGAGAAGACUCCGAAGAUGGUCAAUUGGAUGGGCCUGCAGAAAUUGAGGAUCGAGGAUUAGCCUUGGAAUUAGAUCUGGCUACACCGAGCUCAGAAAGUAGCUAUGGAAUGGAGGAUGAUGAUGACGAUGACGAUGAUGAAGAUGAUGUUCUUGAAGAUGAGGAAGAGGAUGGUGAUGAUGGUGAAGGAUCAAAUGACGGCGAUGCUGAGAACGGCUCGGAGGCGUCGGAGAAUACACGUAGUGAAGGAGAAGAUGAAGAUGUGGUGAGAGCGGGUGGAUGGAUAUUCGAUGAUGAGACGAGUUCCGAAGAAGAUGGUGUCACAGAUGAAUGGGCAUUGAUUAGACAAGUGGAGGAACCAGAUUAUUUCAAGUUGUUGCACGAGAUUGAAGCCGAGACAGACGAGUCUCAAGACGAAGUUAAGCCCGUUGUGGCUGUAGACAAGGAAAAGGAGGAAAUUGUCAUGGAGGAGCCAGAUUAUUUUAGUCAUUCUGUAUAUCAGAUGGCACAACGGGAAUGGCGAGAAGAAUAUUUGGACAAGGAAUACAGUCGGCAUGUAGAACGUGAAGAAGCAUUGGCGAGCGCCAGGAGGGAUAAU